GUGUGUGGAGGCGGGACGAGGCUCAGUGUGUGUGUGACUACAGUCGGACCAACACACACACACACACACACUCUUCUGACAACAAACUUCCAGCAUUUUAAAAACCCUUUUCAUCCACAAACCUCCGUCAUGGAUCUGGACCCGACGCUCGUCAUCCCCGCGAUCCUCUUCACCGUCGUGGCCAUUUACUUCGCCACUUCGCUCCUCAUCAAGAAGCCCGGCGCCGCCGCCUCCUCCAGCGGGAACAAGAAGCCUAGAGUCGGCUGCGGAGACGACGUCCCUCCGUCCAGAGCUCUGGGGGUGUGUCCGGCUGAGAAGCUCCGGGACGUCCCGCCCUGGCCGGUACCGGAUGUCCCAGAACCAGCACCAGCACCAGAACCUGUCCCAGAACCUGUCCCAGAACCUGUCCUGGAACCAGUCAAAGAACCAAUCAAAGAACCAGAACCAGAACCUGUCCCAGAACCAGUCAAAGAACCAGAACCAGCACGAGCACCAGAACCAGUCAAAGAACCAGAACCAGAACCUGUCCCAGAACCAGUCAAAGAACCAGAACCAGAACCAGAACCUGUCCUGGAACCAGUCAAAGAACCAAUCAAAGAACCAGAACCAGAACCUGUCCCAGAACCAGUCAAAGAACCAGAACCAGCACGAGCACCAGAACCAGUCAAAGAACCAGAACCAGAACCUGUCCCAGAACCAGUCAAAGAACCAGAACCAGAACCAGAACCUGUCCUGGAACCAGUCAAAGAACCAGAACCAGAACCUGUCCCAGAACCAGUCAAAGAACCAGCACCAGAACCUGUCCCAGAACCAGUCAAAGAACCAGAACCAGAACCAGAACCUGUCCUGGAACCAGUCAAAGAACCAGAGCCUGUCCCAGAACCAGUCGAACAACCGGAACCCGUACCUGAACCAGUCACAGUAACAGAGACAGUACCACAACCAGUUUCCGUACCCGAGGUCGCUGCUGUACCAGAACCUAUUCCAGAGCCAGAACCUGUGCCCGAGCCAGUAUCAGUACACAAACUUGUAUCAGAACCAGUUGAAAUCCCAGAACCAGUAUCAGUACCCGAAUCUGACCCAGAAGUCGCUGCAGUCCCAGAACCAGCAGUGGUCCCAGAAGAACCCAUUGCAGCGCCGGAUCCGGAGCCAGUGAUCGUCUCUCAAGCGAAACCAGAACUGGUUCUGGAUGCGGAGUCUCUACCUGAGCUGGUCCCUGGUUCUACAGAAGAAAGCGUGCCGACCCACGACAACGACGAAGCUGCAGCUGAAGAUCAAGUCAAGUUCACUCCGGGAAAGAAACAGAGCAAGUUUGAGACGCUGAUGACAAGAGAGGAGAUGGAGGAGGAGCAGAGGGUGCAACAGGAGCAGCUGGCGGCCAUCUUCCUUCUGCUGAGGCAGAACCAGGAGGCGCUGGGGGAAGUGACGGAGGGAGACAUGGAGGAGCAGCUCAAGCUCUACUCCCUCUGAGACACCUCUGCCGUCUCUCCUCCGUCCUCUGUCCUCCCUCCUCCGUCCUUCGUCGUCUGUCCUUCGUCGUCUGUCCUCCGUCCUCCCUCC